UUGAAGUAGUGUAAUAUUAUGGCAAUAAAUGGUGAUGAGUGAUUCCGAUGAUACUGAUAUACUUCUCCUGAUACCACCCAAUUAUUAUUUGACCAACGCCGAGGAAAAACUUUUGUAUGACGAUUUAAAAGUCUUACAAAGAAGACAGUUUACUAGUUUACAAGAAUUGAAUUUGCUGGAAAGGCAAUAUCAGCAGAGAUUAACGAGAAGAGAUUUGACAAGAGAAUUCCAGGCCAUGGAUUUGGCUGGUUGCAAAAACGAUGAUGCUUUGGUUAUGCCACCUCCUGUGGCGCCAACAGCGGCAUAUCAAUAUUUACCACCCACAAGGAAAACUGAACUGAAUCAUAUCAAUGCUAGAUUACACAAUAUAGACAGAGAAGAUAUGGCUUAUGGCGAUAAUCCAUCGGACAUAUCCAGUAUUUCAACAAAUACGGUAAGGACCCAAUUUGGACCAAGCAGAGGAAAUAGAGAUGCCGUUGGUAUGGUUCAUUCUACACCGAAAUACUUAAACACUUCCUAUAAAGAACAACCACCGACAAAAAAGAUAAAUAACCGGGAUAAAGAAGAUGGUGUUCUAUUAGAAAUUGACAAUUUCCUAUUAUAUGAUGGUGUUCCGAAUAAUGAAAACUAUUGGCAACAACGUCACAGUGAUGACUAUAGAUUGGAACAGCAAUUACAACAAAAUGCAUUUUCAGAUAUCAACGAACAUCGCCAGACACAAGCCAAUUCUUUACCUACCACUAUGCAUACGUUACCCCCAGAGAAAGCACAAUUAUCUAGUUGUUACCAAAUGUCUAAAGCUGAUAAUAAUCUCAUUAGUUUAAGUGAAAUUUGGGGCAAAAGCGGUCAAGCCACUGCCAUAGCGACGUCCUCACACUCAAAUCUGAAAGAAGAGCAAUUGAGAAGGCAACACUUGGAGAAAACUAUAAGACAAUUACAAGCACGCUUACUCGAAUAUCAGCAGAGACUGUCCGUUGCCAUAGAAGUUGACCGAACGAAAGAUAAUGCACUAAAUAAUGCUCAAAUGGAAAAUAAAAGCUUAACUCAAGAAUUACAGCAGAUUCGAAAAACGGUUCAGGAUUCCGAACAACAGCGCAAACACUAUGAUGACAAACUGGAAACACUUCAAAAGGAAUUAGCACAAGCGGUUAGUUUAGCAACUAAAUUCCAAGAUAAAAAUGAAAAGUUAGAACAAGAACUCUCAAAUUGUUCAAGGAAAACAAAUGAAUAUUGUAAUCAAUAUAAGCAAAAAAUAGAAGACUUAGAAAUUAAAGCACAUGCAUGCAAAAGAUCCGAGGAAUUGGCUAUAAAUGAAUUGCAUAAAUUACGAGAUAAGUUUGCAAAGUCCGAACAUUUAUAUGAAAAGGCAAAACUUCGCUCCGACGAAUUGGAAAAGGAAAACAGUACAUUGAGACACCAAAAAGAUAUGUUGCAAGAAUAUCAUCAAAAACAAAAAACUAGAGCCGAUAAUUUAGAUACUCAAAAAAAAUCACUGCAGGAAUCUUUAGCACAUCUAACCGAAAAUGAGAGCUCUUUAAGAAAAAAAUUGGAGUUGCAACAAAAAACCUUAAAAUCUCAUUACCAACAACAGCUGGAAAAUGUAGUGGCUCACAAACUCAGAGAAUUUCAAGAACAACUAGACAAGACCGAAGAAACACUUAAGACUGAAGCACGGGAACGUGAACGCUUAAUAGCCGAACGGGCUGUCAAACAAUUGGAGUUAAUAAACGAGAAAAAUGAAUUAGAAUUGAAUUUACUACAGGAAAAGCACAACGAAGAGGUAGAAUUGUAUCGUAUACAAUUGGCAAAUGCUUCGAAGAAAAUUGACAGCAUGGAAAUGAAACUUAAUAUAUACAAAUCGAAACGGGCCGAUAUUGCCGAAAAAUUACACAAUGUUAUGGAAACACAAUGGCAAAAAGCGUUGGAAAUUCUAACAUCUCCCCACAAUCUCACACGUACAACACAUAAUGAAACUGAUCAGGAAUCUGCUUCGCCAGACACUAAUGAGACGCAUAACAAAGCCAUUUAUCAUACACAACACCUGAAUCAACAGCAGGAAUUCGAAACACCAAAAUCAAGUAAAAAAGAAAACAAUUUAAAUUUAAUGCAUAAACAAGAAACAUCACCAAUGGAUAAAUUACAAGCCUACAUUGAAUUGUUGCUUUCAAAAUCUCCCACAGAUUUCGAUAAAUUAGAUGAAAUUUUAGCAUUGACCUCAAAAGCUAAGGAAUGUAAAGAUAAAUUGGAAAAAUCGGCCAAACGAUAUUGUCAUUCUAAGGCUCCAUGGAAGGCUUAACAUUAGUAUAGUUGAAAUUAAAAAAAUAUAUAUUUUUAAUUCUCUGAUAAAAGUGCUCUUAAAGUCUCUCUUCGUUUUAUUUUUAAUUUAAGAGUUAUUGAAUGUUAUUGUAUAGUGUUACCUAUAUCUUUGUAUUUUAAAAAUUAUGUAAGUCCUUUUUUUAGCCCAAAGUAUAUUUUUAAAAAUUUUUGUAUUUUAAUUUUCUUUUUUUUGUUCAAUUAAUUAUCAAAAAAUAAAUUUUCCAUUUAUUUACAUA